AUGAAAAAAGAAUCGGAGUAUAAAAACUUUUUACAUAAUAUGGGAUAUGAACCUUUUUAUAUCCAUUAUCAUGCUGCUGAACAAAUAGCUAUUUAUAGGAGUUACUGUUGCAUCACUAAAUAUCCUAAGAUAGUUAUUGAUGCAACUGGUUCGGUAGUCAAAAGUUUUUCAAUAUAUGGCAUAGAAGAAAACAAAACGAAAUCUCUUUUAUUGUAUGAAGCUCUUGUAUAUGAUGCUCAAAAACGGCAAAAUUUCACGAUAACCAAUAUGAUUAGUGAAAGUCAUUCAAAUAUUUCUAUAUCAAAUUGGUAA